GUCUCCUGUAAACAUAGCAUUCACCUCCGGCUAAGGAGAGUGGAGCUCACUCUGCUCCGCGCAAGCGAGGGAGGAGACUUCUUUCUUGGGUUUCAGCGAAUAUAAAGUUCUAGUCUUACGAACAGAAAUGGACCAAGGUGGCUGCCAAAUGAACGGCGGCGUGCCCGAACAAACCGGGAUGAUCUCACUGGAGGACCUGGAGUCUUUCUCGGAAGACCCGCCGUCAGACUCGGGGACCGGCAGCCUCGAAGAAAGAGAAACCAUGGAGGAAGACGAGCAGUCAGACCGACUGCUGCAAUACUGGCAGGACGUAGCGAGGGGACACCAAGUGGAAGUUACUCAAGAAAUGGCAGAGCCCAUUCAACAGCUCACCAGCAACAACCAUGGACACAGUAGCAGAGAACACGUCCCUUUUACUCUGCUCACACGCAAAGAGAAGUGUGGGGAGCUGCUGUACGAGAAGCGUCAGUACGAAAAGGGCCACUGGGCUUGUAUAACAAUGCACGAGGAAACUUAUGAACAGAGCAUCUGCUACGGUUUUAUGAAGAUAAUGAGAUACAUCUGCGAGCAGAACUCCUCGGCUAGCUACCUGGGCAUGACGCUGCCGAUCGUCACAGUGGUGCGCACAAAUGAGAACCAUUCUGUGAUCGGCAAUGACGUCACUGUGGCGUAUUUUCUUCCCACUGAGCAUCAGGCCCAGCCACCACAGUCUAAUGACAACGAGAUCAGCAUAGAGAUGUGGCCCGCCAAUACUGUGUAUACAAGGGCCUUUACUGGUCCCACCAAUGAAGUGACCAUCGUUAAUCAGAUCAACGUCAUGGCUGAGCAGCUAGACCACCUUGUUGAGUGCGUAAACGACUCGUUCAUCGUGGCCGGCUACACCAACCCCGCUCACAACAACCGCCAGAAUGAGAUCUGGUUCCUAGAGCGACACUGAGGGGACGAGAAGAUUAAUCACCAUCUUAUCUGUGACCCUUGACCUUUUUCACCCAUAAGAGCUGAACCAAACCACUGCCAAACUCUUCAUGGACACAACCCAGAUAUUAAAAAGGUGAAGCAUAGCAUUCAACGAUACAUUACGGUGGCAAAAACAAACACCUUUCCUAAUCACAGUGCCCUCUAGUUGAAAGUUCAAUAUAGUUUAAGCGCUCAGUGAACACAUGCAACAGCCUGUCUUUCCACAGCAGAAGCAGGUUCCCAGUGGACAUGCAGCCUUAUCAUGCUCCCUUUCCGUUUGUUGCACAGCUACAAUGUCAAAGUCAAUGCACAACAAACAAAAAAAAUAUUUCCCUUUCAUUCUCUAGCUUGCUGAGGUCAUUUCAACUCUAUCACUGUCGAUUUGCUGUUUCUUUUCUUUUUCACUAGAUAACCAACCGUUAACAAGCCAGUUAUUACAGUAACCUAACCCAAUCUAAGGUUACGUUGAGCCGUUGGUGUGGUGGGUUGGGAUACACAACAACCAGACUUGAACUGGAGGCUUUAAUAAAGAGGCUUAGAUUAAAUAAUAAAUAACCAUAAAUAAGCGCAACACAAUGGGUGACACUAAUUUAGAAAACGAACACAUAACUUGUUUGUGUUUGUGCAUGAAUGUACAGCUACAGGGAGGGUAAAAACUAAUGACACACUUCUACAAACCAAACACUGAAAAUCUGAUUUUACAGCUGAAUGACAAUCAAAGCACUUGUAUAUACACCAAUCUCUCUCAAGCAAAAUGAUGCAAGUUAAUGCAUUCCUCGUUUAAAAACACAUAGGAAUAGUUACUACGUACCUCCUUCUCGUGCUCUUUCUACUUGCUACUCUGUGUCAAUGUUAGUGAUCAUGCAUUUACUGCUGAAUUGCAAACACCACUGCUGCUGAGUAGAGACAACGCAACCAAGCAAAAAUAUAGAGUGCAGAGAAUAUCUGUACUGUGAUUAUACUCUUUAUGUUAAAUAGAAGCUACAUUUUUGUUUUAGUUGAAACUGUUCAAUGUUCCAUCACAAAUCUAAGACUGUAUAAAGUCAGAGUGAAAGAAGAAUGGAUGUUUAUCUUCACUAUAUUUUUUUAAUUAAAAACAGACUCAUUUAACUCAACAAAAAACUAAGUGACACACAUCAAACCAGCUACACCUAGAGUUCACAGUAAUGUAGGAUUGUUUCUGCUUAGGACAUUUACUGCUUGGGUGCCAGAGAAAUAAAACUGGAAGUGAACCAGCCAAAUCAUCACUGUGUGAUAUACCAGGACAGACAUCCUAUGAAAUGCUGACACGGAAAGUUAUUGAGGCCUAUUCAAAUGUGUGUAAAAUUAAAAGUGAAAUUCAGCUCAAAUUGUGAGGAGGUUGGUUUCAUCUUAUUUAAUCCACAUAACAAAUGCAAAACAAAGAUAUUAACAGUGAAGAAAGUAUUGGGUUGGGCAGGUUGCCCAGUCUGAAAGUCAAGCCGUUUGGUUGACAUCCAAAGAAUUUAUUUUGCAUUAAAUGAUUGUAGAGUUGACUUGCAAAGCCAUGAUACAUGUGGGUGGGUUUCCCUUUAAGAGCCCGGUUAUAUGGGAACAUCAAGUGUGAGUUUUUCCUUUCUUUUUUUUGCUUAUUGUUUUAGUGUUUUGCAAAAAAGUGUCCUGUACUGUGAAAAUGCAAGUGCAACAGCAAAAGCUACUGUGGUUUUCUUUGUUCAAUAAAAACGUGCUUGUCUCCUGUCUUUUGAA